AGCCCAUGUAAGAACGGCGCUACCUGCAACGACGCCGCUAACAAGUACAGUUGCACCUGUGCAAUCGGCUUCACGGGGACACAUUGCGAAACAAACAUUGACGACUGCGGAUCUAACCCGUGCCAAAACGGAGGAAUAUGUGCAGACGGAAUUGCCAAACAUACUUGCUCGUGUGCUGUGGGCUACACAGGAACGAACUGUGAAAAAAAUAUCGACGAAUGUGAUUACAAUGCGUGCAACAAUGGCGCAACAUGCCAGGACAAAGUUGCCGGUUACACGUGUUCUUGUGCAGCGGGCUUUACAGGCGCUUUUUGUGAGACAGAUAUAAACGAAUGCACUAGCAACCCAUGUCGGAAUGGAGCCAUAUGUGCUGAUGCUGUAAAUGCUUUCACUUGCACCUGCUUGGAUGGAUUCAGUGGACAGUUUUGUCAAAUCGAUGUAAAUGAGUGCACAAACCACUCCUGCAAGAAUGGAGCAAUAUGUGUUGAUGCUGUGAAUUCUUACACUUGCACCUGCAUUGAUGGAUUCAGUGGACAGUUUUGUCAAAUAGAUAUCAACAACUGCAUUAAUCAUUCCUGCCAGAAUGGCGCAACAUGCUUAGAUGGCAUCGCAAAGUACACGUGCGAAUGUACGCCUGGUUUCAGCGGAACAUUGUGCCAAUAUACUGUGAAUGCAUGCACAUCUAACCCUUGCAGAAAUGGCGGAACUUGUAAUUACUCAUGCGGUAAAUAUACGUGUGACUGCACACCUGGAUAUACUGGAACAACCUGCGCAUCAGACGUCAACGGGUGCUCCAGUGUCACGUGUCAGAACGGAGGCAAGUGUGUGGACGGUCUGAACUCGUACACAUGUCUGUGUGAGCAGGGAUUCGAUGGAAGACACUGCGAAAAUGGCGCAUGCCCUGUGCUACCCGACAUUCCACACGGACACGUGGACAUGUCAUCGGGGCGGCAUGUGGGUUCCAUAGCCAUGUAUUCCUGUAACAACAACUACGCACUCGUGGGCCUUUCAGUUCGAUCAUGCGAAACCAACGGGAUGUGGAAAGGAGCAAUACCUGAAUGUGUAUACGUGUUUACGACUGGUCUGGUGUGGGUCGCCCUCGGCGAGUUUGGACUACUUAUCGUUGCAACCAGCGCUUUCUGCAUUUGGAAAAGGCAUAGGAAAUUCUGUUUGAACAAGCCGUCAACUAAAAUCGCUGGAGUCAACAUCAGAAAAAGCAAUGCGUAUGAUUGUCUGAAUGAAGGUGAAGCGUCGGGCACACAGGAAUACGUCUCCAUGAGUCACGUGGGAACGGAAAGGGCUCGUGGACAGGUGGACACCGCUCUCUCAAACAUUUGA